AUGAAUAUUUGCCAUUUUAAAAACUAAAUCGAUAAUGCUAACAGUAUGUUUGAUGACGAAUCAAAUUAAAAUAAGUUAGUAAAAACAAAACUCAGCAUUUAAAAAAAAGUAGAUAUGUGAGC